UAUCAAAUAAUUAACUUUACAAUGUAUUGUUUGCUUUGCAGUGUUGGAAACUGCAGAUGACUUCUACAAUACAACUAUUUAUAGACUUGUGGAAUUGUUUUAAGCCACAAGGAGAAAAAUAUCAGGAACAAAUGGAAAGAUUUGAUUUAAAUAAUUUCUAGCAAAUAAUUAAUGGAGCCUUUUUCGGCUUUAUAGACCACAUCUGCCUUCUUCUCGUGAGCAUCCUCAGCAUCCUCGGCGCUGCUCAGCAUCCCGGAAGUUCAGCAUCAUCUGCUCUUUCAGGAGGAGACGCAUCAUCGUCAGAGCUUUGACAACAACGGGGACAGUGGCAAAAACAUCGGACUGUCCGACAACAAUUCUCUCUUUUUGCAAGUGGAAUUCAUAUGAAAAGGACAAAUGAAGUGACCAAUAGGAUACCAUGUCGUCGUUCCAGGUGGUGGACUCGUCGCCGGGCAGCAGCGUCAGCGUCAUGGAAACGUCCAACUUUGCCCACGUCAUCUUCCAGAAUGUGGGGAAGAGUUUCCUGCCUCAGGCGCCCCUGGAGUGUCGCUACACCCUGACCCCUUACAUUACACCCCACCCCAAAGACUGGGUGGGCAUCUUUAAGGUCGGUUGGAGCACAGCCAGGGAUUAUUACACCUUCCUUUGGUCUCCUAUGCCUGAAAACUAUGAACCAGGAAGUACUGUUCACAGGACUGUUGUGUUUCAAGGGUAUUAUGUACCAAAGUCUGACGGAGAGUUUUACCAGUUCUGUUAUGUCACACAUGCCGGUGACAUCAGAGGAGCCAGCACACCCUUCCAGUUCAGGUCAGCCACGCCCACCGAGGAGCUGCUGACUGUUACCGAGGACGACAGCAACUCAGACAUACUGGUCGUCACCACCAAGACCGGUCUGCUAGAGCGAGUGGAGGAGGCGCAGCAGGAGCGCAGGGAGCUGCUGAAGGCCAUGCGGCUUCUGCAGGAGGAGAAACAACAGCUCCAGGAGGAGCAGAAACGACUGGCCAGGGAGAGGGAGCAGGAGAGGGAGACGUGCUGCCUGCUGCGGACACACAACCAGGAGCUGCUGCGCUCAUCGCAGGGCCUGUCAGAAGAGAGGGAGGAGGUGAGGAGAAGGCUGACAGAGGCCACGGACCGGGUCCGCCAGCUGGAGGAGGACCUGCUGGGAGUCACCCAGAGAGGCCUGCAAAAGGAGACGGAGCUCGAUUGCCUGCGUGAUCGUCUCAAGAAGCUGACAGCAGAGAGGGACAGUCUGGAGAGUCAACUGAAGAACGAGAAGGAUGAGAGAGACCUCUACAAGGCUCACCUGCGCAGCACUGAGCUGGAGAACACUAAGCUGAGUGCAGAGCUACAGAUGUUGAAAGCAGUGGAGCUGAACCGCGAGGUGACCAUUGCCCAGUUCCAGGAGGAGCUGGAGAGGCUCAGAGCCUGUGUUGCUCAGCGGGACAGCCUGGAGAAAGAGCUGCUGGCGCAUAAGGCCGACAAGGCAGAGCUGGCCCGUGUGCGUGAGCAGCUCCGUCAGGCCGAGGAGCAGCUGCAGGCGUCCCGGCAGCAGGCCUCCCUGCUGGCUUCUGAGCUCCGUGACUCAGCCAGCGCCCGUGACCACACUAUGACUGAGCUGUACCGCGCCCGACUGGAGGCUGACAAGCUCCGUGCCAGUCUUGCUGAUGCUCAGGCCGAGUGCCAACGCAUGGAGAGCCAGUUAGACCGCAUGAGGAGCACUGCACAGAAGGAAGUGGGUGUUGGGACCAGUGGGGAGGUGACACCCAGUAUGAUGGUGGUGUCAGAGGCAGAGGCUGAGCUGCAGAGGGAGGUGGAGGAGCUGAAGCUGCGUCUUCACAUGGCUGCUGAACACUAUAAGGAGAAGUACCGCGAGUGUCAGCGCCUCCGCAGGCAGGUCGCUAAACUGAACACAACGGAGUCACAGGGGGAGCCAAAGAGAAAUGCAUCCACUGAGACGACACAAGAGCCACUGACCCCUAGUCCAGAAUCACCCACAGCAGGGAACAUAGUUACCGCAGUCCUACAAGAAGCAGCUGAGAUGACAAUCACUCCAGACCUCCAGAACAGGGAACCCCCAUUCAGUGACACACACAUCAGCACAGAAAAGGAAGACGGGCAGAGACAGAACAUGCAGGAGGAGAGGGCCGAGGCGGAGGGUGAGGCAGAGGUGAGCCAAAAGGAAGACAUUGAAAAAGAAGAGAAAGAAAAAGAGGAGAAGAAGGAGAGCCUGCCGGAGGAGAGCCUGAGGAUGACGAGCUGGGUGGAGGUGGAGAAUGAGAGGCAGAGUGCCGAGACCAUCCAGGUGGAAAGUGCACCAAAGGCAGAGGAAGAGAGGGAUGGUGCGGAGGAGCAGGUGCUGCUGGAGAUGGAGGGGAUGAGCAUGGGGGAGGCAGAGAAGGAACAGACUCGCUCGGUGGAGGAAGAGCUAGCGAUGAUGGAGGAGAAGUGGAGGGAGCAGUGCGCGAUCAACGAGACACUCAAACAGCGGCUGGCCAAUGAGGAGGAGCGAUUCAGAGUGCAGAUGGCAGAGCGAGCCAGUGAGGUGACAGAGCUGAAACGCAACCUUGCCCAGGCCCUGAGAGACAAGGAGCAGCUACAGGAGGAGCUGCAGCGUUAUGUGUGCAGGCAGAGGGAGCAGGAGGCUGGUGUUCAGGGCGCUGAGGUCAGGCAGCCAAUGGUGCUGCGCUACCCCCUGCCCUACCCCCAGGACCCCUCCCCUCCGCCACUGGUCCCACAGAGGCCGGCUGAGCUGCAGUACGGCAACCCCUACUCCACCGACACCACAAGAGACCGGGUGGAUGUCGCUCUGUCCCCGGAGCACAUGACCCGUCCACCACCAGAGGCUCCACCCUGCGCCCCUCCAUGUGCACCCCCAAUCACACCUCAAAGCCCUGACCCCGGGGCACCUGGCUGGGAACAAGAGGUGGUUUGCAUCCAGCCCACUCGCAGCACGAGCCCCCCCGAGAGCCUGGAGCAUCCACCGGAGGAGCCCCGAAGUGUUGCUGACGGGGCUCAGCCGUCCUGUGAUCAUCAGUCCAGUAGACGCAGUGAAGCCAGGGGCAGCUUCUGCUUUGACUCCAGUAAUGACGUUCACAAGCGCUGCCCACUAUGCGAGGUGAUCUUCCCGCCCCACUUUGAGCAGCGCAGCUUCGAGCAGCACGUUGAGAGCCACUGGAAGGUCUGCCCCGUCUGCUCCGAGCAGUUCCCCCUCAACUGCCAGCAGCAGCUCUUCGAGAGGCACGUCCUCACGCACUUUGACGGCCACGUGCUCAACUUUGAGCAGAUCGAAUGAAGGAUUUCGAGGGCAAACCUAGAAUUCUGUCACACUGUAUGGGUAAAUGUGUUGUCAGCUAUUAGUUCAUUUUAAUUGGGGUUCGGUUGUCUUGUUAAUAUACAAUCACUAGCACUUUCUUUGCAAUCUUAAAGGUUAGAAAGAAUGUAGUUCGCCUCUGAAAGGAAGCAGAGUUUGUUCUACUCCACCAAGGUGUUUAUUUAGUAGAGUAGCUUUCACUUUAAUGCACAGUGGGUAAAAGGAUCAUUAACACUUGGGAACAGUGCCACGGUCCUUUACUUUUCUAUCAUGCUCAUCUUUAUGCUUCAAGGGACUAAAGCACCAUUGGAAGUGCAUGCAUUUAUUCUGUGUUCAAAAUCAAUUCAACACUACAAAAUUACAGCUGAUCAAGUGAAAAGAGUGAAUUGUAGCAGGAGCUUUGAACCAGGGAUUGGAAGAAAAAAGCAUUCUAGUAUCUUAAUGUCCCUGUUCUUUCACUACCCUGAAUAUCUCUUUACAGUAAGUAGGAUUCUCUUGUGGUAAAGCAGCCAGGACAGUACUUCAACUUUUAAUUCUGAUUCAAAUCGCGGAAAGGCAGAAAAGAUAAGAAACAUUUUUUUUAGUGUAACUGCAGAAUGAUCUGAAUAUGUGACAUCUUAAAGAGUCAACUGAUUGUGUGUGCGUGUGCGUGUGUGAGUGUGUGUGUGUGUAUAUAUAUAACUGAAGAAGGGUGUGGUGGAGAUUUUCUUUUUUUUUUUUUUUUGACUUGGGAAGUGAUCUUUGAUUUCUCCCGAGCUACUGUACGUAUGAUAGUGUUUUACGAACAAAGACGUCAGAUGGUUUCAACAACAACAGCACUAUGUUUUCAUGUAUCUGCACUAAAUAAGGCUUUAUUCUGAAUGUACUGUACAUAUGAAAAUAAGUAUAAGUUGUGGAGAGACCUGUGAAUUGCUGUCGUGACCCUGCCUCCCCUCACUGUUACCUCCCUCAUGUUUUAGUGAUGAAAGAAUGACGGACAAACAAUGUUUUACUUCCUGGUGUGCACUUUCUAGUCUGUGGUCGGUCAGUAAAAAAGCUGGGCUGGGGGAUACUGUACCAUGUUCAAGGUAAAUAGACUGCAGGACACUGAGUUACAGACACUUUUAUUGUUAAGUACUUCCACGUUUUAAAGUUAGAACUGUGAAACGUCAUUGCUUUGUGCGCAGCUCCAUGUUAGCCCUCAUGAGUGAAUGUCAUUUAUACGUGUCUCCCCACAGGGCUCCAUACCACCACUUGUCUUUUUUUCUGUCAUUACAAAGUAACCCCUGACAGUGUUGUGUUCAGGCUUUAAAAAUUGCACAUGCCCAGUAAUCACAAGGCAAAUGUGUGUGCGUGUAUGUCCGAUGCAGCCCUUUUCACGUGAGAAUGUCUGGACGAUGGUUUAAGUGUGUACUGCAAAAAUCUUUAUGAAUAAAGUAAGCUUGUCUAAAUGCAUUUAA